ACAUAUAUAACAAAUGUACUAUACGUUAUAAUAUCAUAUAUAAUCACAAAAACUACCAAUAUUUAUGCUAUGAACGGUGUACAAGGAGGAGCAUAUUACACCGGCGCCACCCCAGUGGCGGUGACGAAGCCAAUGAUGAUGGGCUACGAUGCGCCGGAGGGAGUGGAGAUUCGGGGCCGCUACGACGGAGACUUUGCCAAGAUACUCACAAGGGACGCUCUGACCUUCGUGGCGGAGCUACAGAGGGAGUUCAGGAACCGCAUCAAGUACGCGCUCCAGUGUAGAAGAGAGGCCAAGAAGAGGUACAACGAUGGGGCUGUGCCUGGAUUUGAUCCGGCCACCAGGUAUAUCAGGGAAGGUGAUUGGGUUUGCGCGGCGGUGCCGCCGCCUGUGGCUGAUCGGAAGGUGGAGAUCACCGGUCCGGUGGAGCGGAAGAUGGUUAUUAAUGCACUCAAUUCUGGUGCUAAAGUCUUCAUGGCUGAUUUUGAGGAUGCACUCUCGCCAAGCUGGGAAAACCUAAUGAGAGGCCAUAUUAAUCUAAAGGAUGCUGUGAAUGGCACCAUAAGCUUCCAUGACAAGGCCAGGAACAGAGUAUACAAGCUCAAUGACCAAACUGCCAAGCUUUUUGUUCGCCCAAGAGGCUGGCACUUACCAGAGGCACACAUCCUCAUCGAUGGUGAGCCUGCCACCGCUUGCCUUGUCGACUUUGGCCUCUACUUCUUCCACAACCACGCCGCCUUUCGCCGUGGCCAAGGCGCCGGGUUCGGUCCAUUCUUCUACCUCCCCAAAAUGGAGCACUCAAGGGAGGCGAAGAUAUGGAACUGCGUGUUUGAGAGGGCCGAGAAGAUGACGGGGAUCGAAAGAGGAAGCAUUAGAGCAACCGUUCUGAUCGAGACACUUCCGGCUGCUUUUCAAAUGGAUGAGAUACUCUAUGAGUUGAGGGAUCACUCUGUUGGGUUGAACUGUGGGAGAUGGGAUUACAUUUUCAGCUAUGUCAAAACCUUUCAAGGUCAUCCUGAUCGCCUUUUGCCUGACCGGUUUUUGGUUGGCAUGGCUCAACACUUCAUGAAGAGCUACUCUGAUCGACUCAUCUGGACUUGCCACAGGCGCGGCGUCCACGCCAUGGGCGGCAUGGCAGCUCAAAUUCCAAUCAAGGAUGAUCAAGCAGCCAAUGAGGCUGCACUUGAUCUAGUGAAGAAAGACAAGUCAAGAGAAGUGAGAGCAGGGCAUGAUGGGACAUGGGCAGCUCACCCUGGACUGAUUCCAGUUUGUAUGGAGGUCUUCAACAACACCAUGGGCAAUGCACCCAACCAAAUCAAGACCGCGAAGCGAGAAGAGGCUGCGAAUCUAACCGAAGAAGACCUCUUGCAAAGGCCGAGAGGGGUUAGAACCAUGGAAGGUUUGAGGCUGAACACAAGAGUUGGGAUCCAAUACUUAGCAGCAUGGCUAACCGGGUCUGGCUCGGUGCCUCUUUACAACCUCAUGGAAGAUGCUGCAACCGCCGAGAUCAGCAGAGUUCAGAACUGGCAAUGGCUCAAGUAUGGUGUGGAGCUGAAUGGAGAUGGGCUUGGUGUGAGGGUGAACAAGGAGCUGUUUGGGAGAGUGGUGGAAGAAGAGAUGGCUAGGGUUGAAAGAGAGGUUGGGAAAGAGAAGUUCAAGAAAGGAAUGUAUAAAGAGGCUGCUAAGAUCUUCACAAGGCAAUGCACAGCCUCAACACUUGAUGAUUUUCUCACUCUUGAUGCCUACAACAACAUUGUCGUUCACCACCCUAAGUUGACACCAUCUAGGCUUUAAAUUUCCUUUUUAUGUUGUCGUUUUCUUGUAAGACAUUGUCGUUUCCUUUU